AUGCAGUCUUUCGUUCGUUUGUCUCUACUUUCUCGACGUGCGAGCUGCACUCCUCCGUCUCUGCCUCCUGACAACAGACUGACCCGAGUCACAGCAUCAGGAAAAGCUCUGGGAUGGGGCACCGCGGAAGAAUGCUCGCAAGCCGCCCCAGCCUACCCUUGUGGUAUUACACCUGCCCAUGAGUGGUUAGACACCGUCCUCGUACUCAACCAAGCACAACCGGAUUACUCCAACACCUUUGGCAGAUUCGGCGCUUCGGGGACUCUAUCCUCAUCCGACAGUGGCAAGACCUGGACUGGUGACAAGGUCACCACAGACGCUUGGGAUUAUACACCCAUGUGUCCGGGCGAUGACGGCUAUAAGCUCACUACACUUGAUAACAGUGUGUUCAACACCAACUGUGGUGUUGAUUUUGUGAAUGGCGAGUUAGCGAGCAAGUUGCUAGGAAUUGUACAAGAUUGUGUGACCUUCUGCGAUGAGACUGAGAAUUGUUUCUUCGCUGUAUGGGAUGGUACCACCUAUGGACUAAAGAGUUCGGUUGCAAAGAAGGUGGCCAAGGAUGGUAUGAUUGCUGGCUCGUUGGUCUCGAAAGGUUGUUAG